CUUGACUAUGGUAAUUGACUAGUCUUUGGAUAUGAAGGGAACUCCAACUUCCAUGUGUUUAUAUUUGAUAAAACUGCUACAGAAAUUUAAUAUCCUAAGCCCGGGAUGGAAGAAACUGAUUCUGAUUCUGAAGAUGAUGAUGAUGAGUCAGGCCAUGCCAGAGGAGAAAUCAAAAGAGAGAAUGAUAUGCCAACAAAGAAAGAUUUUGGAGGCUCAUCUAGCAAUCAAAUAUUCGUUAAACGAACACCUGAUGUCCUUGGGAGGACGCAUCCAUUGACUAAAAGUGAAAAAGCUCUGGCUCUUCAGAGAGCCAAUGCUUUCAAAUCUGAAUAUCCUUAUUUCUUGGUUGCCAUUCCACCGGUUUAUAUCCACCGUGGUUACCUGGUAAGCUUUCCAUAUAACACUCUGGUAACUCCUAUUUCUAGAUAUCAGUGUGAGAAAAGAUUAAGCAUAGAUAGUUCCCUCUCAAAGAGCAAAAAACAAAAAACAAAAUCUUAUAUAUAUCCCCUUUUAUUGAGGGACGCCCUUUAGGGUACCCUACAAUU